AUCACAUACAUCUCCUCUUUUUCUCCAUUAAUCUUCUAUGGGAUCCUUCUUGUUCUUCCUGACUAGUUUCUUUUUCUAUCCUCUGAUCUCUGGCAUUUCUUUCUCAGAGUUUGUCUAUCCAAAUUUCACUGCUUCUUAUCUUCAAUUUGUUGACGAUUCUGGUGCAUUCCUCUUCUCUCCUAAUGGAGCUUUCAAAGCUUCUAUUUACAAUCCUGAAGGCCAACAAACCAACUUUUACUUGUGUAUCAUCCAUGUUGCUUCCAACGCCAUCAUCUGGUCUGCUAAUCGUAAUGAUCCCAUCUCGAAAUCUGGUAAAAUGGAUCUUACGCGAGAAGGAAUUAGCAUUUUUGAUGAAAAUGGCAACCUCAAAUGGUCAACUCUGAAGUUACAAGAAGCAGUAUAUGCAUUACAGCUGACUGAAAUGGGUAAUCUUGUUCUACUUGAUCAAUCUAAUGCUUCAAUUUGGGAGAGCUUCCACCAUCCAACAGAUACGAUUGUUCUUGGACAACACUUACAUGCUGGGGCAAUGCUGUCAAAUGCUGUAUCAGGUUAUAACUUAUCAACUGGUGAUUACAAGUUCAUGAUUACUUCAUCAGAUGCAUUACUGCUAUGGCGAGGACAGAUAUAUUGGAAACUAUCAAUGGAUACCCAAGCAUACAUGAAUUCAAAUUAUGUAGUGAAUUAUAUGGCAAUAAAUAAAACUGGUCUUUAUCUGUUUGGCGGUAAUGGAUCUGUGGUGGUAACUCAGGUGAGCUUGUCGCUGUCCAACUUUAGGAUUGCCAAGUUAGAUCUCUCCGGCCAGUUUACUGUUCUUAGUCUUUCUGGCAAUGACUUGAAGAAGGAGUUUCUUGGUCCAGUUGAUAGCUGCCGCAUUCCAUCAAUUUGUGGUACGGCCGGAUUAUGUACUGCCGACAGUACGACCAAUACUCCUGUUUGUUCUUGUCCGGCAGGCUUUAGUGCAGCUUCAAAUAGUAAAGGUGGUUGUUUGCCCAGUGAUGCCUCUCACUCUCUGCCUGUUGCUUGUGAUUCUACAAAUAAUGGUAGUCAGUUGAAUUCUUCAGUUGAAUCGUAUCUAAGGCUUGGGUACGGUAUGAAUUAUUUUUCUCUUCUUUUCUCUGAGCCUAGGUAUGAUGUAGAUUUGUCAGCAUGUCAAAAUUUAUGCUCAGGUGACUGUUCUUGCUUAGGAAUUUUCUAUGACAGUGCAUCUGCUCAUUGUUAUGUCCUUGAAAGUGAGCUAGGCUCUAUUAUAUCGAGCAAUACAUUGGGAAAUGAUUUGCUGGGCUACAUUAAAGUCCUUGUUGGACAAAGGCGACGAAGCUCCACUGGCAGUCCUGGUAAUCAAAGAAAAGGCUUUCCUGUAGUUGCUCUUGUUCUCUUACCUUUUACUGGCUUCUCCUUGUUAGUUGUUCUGGGUUUGCUCUGGUGGAGAAGAUCAAACAUAAUCAUGCUUAGAGAGAUAAAAUUGGGGCAGCCUAAUUCACUUUCUUUGGAAGAUCUGGAAGCUUUUAACAUUCUAGGCUUGCCUCAAAGGUUUUACUAUGAAGACCUCAAGGCUGCUACUGAUAAUUUUAAAAACCGGAUAGGAUCAGGUGGAUUUGGUACUGUAUAUAAAGGUAUAUUGCCUGACAAAACAAUGGUGGCUGUGAAGAAGAUAACAAAUCUGGGCAUUCAGGGUAAAAAUGAAUUUUUCACUGAAGUUGCAAUUAUUGGAAAUAUUCACCAUGUUAAUCUGGUCAAGUUGAGAGGGUUUUGUGCCCAAGGGCAACAACGCUUAUUGGUUUAUGAGUAUAUGAAUCGGGGCUCACUUGAUCGAACCCUCUUUGGCAAUGGACCGGUGUUGGAAUGGCAAGAGAGGUUUGAUAUAGCACUAGGUACAGCACGUGGUCUUGCGUACUUGCAUAGUGGGCGUGAACAAAAAAUCAUCCACUGUGAUGUCAAACCAGAGAACAUUUUAUUGCAAGAUCAUUUUCAGGCAAAGAUUUCUGAUUUUGGGCUCUCAAAGCUUCUAAACCCCGAACAAUCUAGUCUGUUUACAACAAUGAGAGGCACUCGUGGGUACCUUGCCCCUGAAUGGCUCACUAACUCAGCAAUUUCAGAAAAGACUGAUGUUUAUAGUUUCGGAAUGGUGUUGCUCGAACUUGUGAGUGGGAGGAAAAAUUGUUCAGUACCAUCACAAAGCCGUAGUGUGGUUGGCAGUAACAGUGGCGGUGGCAACUCCUCAUCCUCUUCAGGGUCUGGACUUGUUUAUUUUCCACUAUUCGCACUGGAGAUGCAUGAGCAAGGAAGGUAUUUGGAGCUUGCCGAUCCAAGAUUAGAGAGUCGGGUGACAAGUGAAGAGGUGGAAAAAUUAGUGCGUGUUGCAUUGUGCUGUGUUCAUGAGGAACCAGCACUGAGGCCGAAUAUGGUUACUGUUGUUGGCAUGUUGGAAGGUGGGAUCCCUUUAACUCAACCAAGAAUGGAAUCUCUAAACUUUUUGCGCUUUUAUGGGCGUAGGUUUACUGAAGCUUCCAUGAUAGAAGAGCAAGACAAGCAAAGUAAUAUUAUGCCUCACCAACAUGCUGUCACUGCUACUUCAAUAACAGGUUCUUUUACUGGUUUUUCUUAUAUAUCAUCUCAACAAAUUUCAGGCCCAAGAUGAUUUGAAUGUCUGUGAGAUCUUAUCAAUUGAGCUAUAUGUUAUUGAGAAUUAAAAUGGUUUCCUUGGUACUUGAAAUCAGGAUUAACUUGUACAAUUUGUACAUUUUGUCAAAAAGUCCAAUGAGCAGUGGAUGGUUAUGUUCUGCAUAGUUUGUGUAAAAAUGGUUCUUGAGUUGAUAUAAGAUUUGUUUACAUGCAGAUUAGAUUACCACUUUUUCUUGGAAUAAUUUUCCACCUGACUU